AUGCCGUUCCACCAAGCCCCACCCUCCGUCGGCCUAUCCCCGGACUUCGGGAUCCAAUACCGGCUUCCACCCGCUGCCAGUCCAACUCAAGAUGCUCGAUCGGCUUCGUACUCUCAACCACUGACACAUCUCGCCUUCCGCACCGACCAAUCCAGCCGACGCCCAUCGAACUCGCACCAGCCUUCGAUACUCUUCCCUUCCUACGACCCACCUCCACGGACGCCUUUGCCAUUGCAUUCCAACAUGCUCCCCGACGCGUGCAACCCCUGCUUCCUCCGCAUAUCAUGCCCCGUACCUAAUGCCUAA